AUGGCCAAAAGUUACGACGUGAAGCCCAGCGGCGAUGCCACGGUCACGACAGUGCCGCAUCAACGUAUGCACGAGGCGGAGAAUAACAAGCCCACCGAGAAUAGCAAACCCACCGAGAACACUUCCUUGUCUCCAAACAACAAUCAAACCUACUUUGCCGAUGAGAGGGUGCAAGUGCCAGAGACAGCAAGUACGAGCUUCAGUUUCAGGAAAUUAUGGGCCUUCACCGGUCCUGGUUUCUUGAUGUCCAUAGCUUAUCUGGAUCCUGGGAACAUCGAGUCGGAUCUACAGUCCGGAGUGGUGGCAAGAUACAAGUUAUUAUGGGUACUACUAAGCGCUACUAUCCUAGGUCUCGUUAUGCAAAGGCUCAGCGCCCGCCUCGGCGUAGUGACCGGUCUACAUUUAGCGGAGAUGUGUUACAGACAAUACAAAAAAAUACCUAGACUUAUUUUAUGGGUAAUGAUCGAAAUAGCAAUUAUUGGUAGCGAUAUGCAAGAAGUAAUAGGAACGGCUAUUGCCCUUUACCUCUUAUCUAAUAAAGCAAUUCCUAUAUGGGGUGGUGUACUUAUCACUGUAGUUGACACGUUCACAUUUUUAUUCCUAGACAAAUACGGUUUGAGGAAACUGGAGCUCUUCUUUGGCUUGCUCAUAUCGAUCAUGGCUUUUACCUUCGGUUAUGAGUACGUCGUUUCCGAUCCUCCACAAAUAGAAGUUAUAAGGGGUAUGUUCAUUCCAUGGUACAGUGGGAUGAAUUACGAUAACAAAGUGCUGCUGCAAGCUGUAGGAAUUGUCGGUGCGGUUAUUAUGCCGCAUAAUUUGUAUCUUCAUAGUGCCUUAGUCAAAUCAAGAGACAUCGAUCGAAGACAGCCGGCGAAAGUGAAAGAUGCCAAUAUGUAUUACUUCAUCGAAGCCUCCAUUGCGUUGUUCGUUUCAUUCAUCAUCAAUGUAUUUGUCGUGGCUGUAUUUGCUCACGGUCUCUUCCAGAAGACAAACAACGAUGUUUACGAGAUUUGCGCGGAGAAUAAUUACACCCUUGGCAUGGAAACCUUCGCGAAGAACAACGAGACGUUCAACGCAGAUCUGUACAAGGGAGGUAUCUUCCUUGGCUGCUCUUUCGGCGCCGCUGCGAUGUACAUAUGGGCCGUGGGAAUUUUAGCUGCCGGCCAAUCGUCCACGAUGACGGGCACCUACGCCGGCCAGUUCGCUAUGGAAGGCUUUCUGAAUCUGCAGUGGGCCCGCUGGAAACGAGUCCUCUUCACUCGGACGAUCGCCAUAGUUCCUACAUUCCUGGUGGCGUUCUUCGCCGACAUGAACAACUUGAGCAGCAUGAACGACAUCCUGAACGCCAUAAUGAGCCUACAGUUACCAUUCGCCACCUUGCCGACAAUCGCGUUCACAAGCAGUGUUCAGAUCAUGGGUGAUUUCCGUAACGGAAUAAUGAACAAGAUCGUGGCGACUGCUCUGUCGGUCCUAGUGAUAACGAUAAAUAUAUAUUUCGUGAUACAAACCGUCCAAGAGGACCUGCCGCAUCAUUGGGCCAUAUUCUUAGGCAUGUCCGUGUACGCAAUCCUCUAUCUCAUCUUCUGCGCUUACCUGGCUGUCCAUAUGGCUGUGAGCAUGGGUGCAACUUCCCUUGGCAAUCAUUGGUUUGUCAGCAAAUACAUCGGUGCGCCUGUGGACACUACGCUCGGUAUAUCAAAUCCCGCCGUUUAUGCCAGUUUCCACAAUACGUCGGAAACGUCGUUAAACGCUUAGUCGGAGUAAUGCAAUUGAAUGUGCGAGACAAUAUGCGGCCUUUGUAUUCAACAAACAAUGUGAAAAACAAUGUCGCGUUGGAAAGGUGCUUAUUACAUCUCGUGACGUCAGCAUGAUGCCCUAUGGUAUGUUCAUCAGUUAUUACCGAUAGCGAGAAAUAUAUAAUUUUUAUAAUAAAUAAACAAUGGUGCUUCACCAUCACGAUUCGCUUCAUCACCGUUACCGUACGAUGCCUUGAUACAGAAUAUCGUCGUUCUUCCAUCGUUGUCAGUCUUGUCUGGUUCCAUCGUUUCUCGUUAAUGUUCAUUAGAAAUAAGUAAUCAGUGAUUAACCGGAACUAUUUUCGUUGCAUGCACAUUUUUAACACACGAAAGUCUGAGCUUGAAACGCUGACUUAUACCUCGUCUCAUAAUGAAGGUAAGAAUGCCACAUUGAGAUUAAAUUGCUGUCUUGAUUCAACUGAGAUUCAUGACACUUUAUGCGGUAUGUCAAAUCUUAUCUUAACUAUUAUGUAUAUUGCAGAACAAAUCCAGCAUUUAGCAUUCAAGAAAACUUGAGUGGCAGUUUUACAUCUGUGGUACCAGAAUACUAACGUGUCACACUGACAAGUAUAUCGCCAAUGGAAUAUGUAAGUGAUAACGCGAGUGCCAUGAUAAGCAAGACUGCUCUUGCUGAUACUUGUACGAGAGGUAAUCUUUAAUGCCUUGCGGCAGGAAUGCCUUGCGUUGCUUACAGUCCAACGUUAAAUUCACAUGUGUUUUAAACAGAACAGAACAGAAGUUUUAUAAAUACGAAGAGAAUAGAACAUAUUAGAUGCAUUAAUAAAUAUAAUGAAAUGAAAAAUAAAGACAAUAUUAUACAAUGAUAUAUUUAAUAAAUUCUUCAUAUAUAUAUGUACGUUUCUUACACAUUAUGUAUUAUAAGAUAGUUUUACUUUGUACAAAUAAGACGUAGAUAAGUAUUUUAUUAACUUUUAGAUGUAGAUGAUCCAACUGUAAAAUGAAAUGUAAAAUAAUGUAAAUACUAUUUCCAACGCAA